GUGGGGAAGCCAGUUAGGCCACGGUGGUCGAUCCAAGCAGUCAGAAGUUACAAUUGAGCUACUCAGAAAAAAAGAGAGCCAUGAGAGGAUAUAACCUAUUUGUCGUUCUGAUAACCGCACUGGUUGUCAGCCAGCUGGACAGCACUUUAGCCAUACAGUGCUAUUCAUGCAGCGCAACGGAAAGUGGCAGCGACUGUUUAAUGAAGCCAAAUGAACAAAUUGCUGUAGACUGCACCACCGAUUGCUAUACUUCAGUGGAUGGUAAGGGCGGAAUAACGCGUGGCUGUUUGGCAACUGGAACCCCAUGCUCCUCUCCCAAUUGCUCAUCCUGCAAUAGCGACAAAUGCAAUGUUAACUUGGUGUGCCAACAGUGUCUGGGUCUCGCAGAAUGUGGACAAACCAACGUCACGGCUGUGAGCUACAAUGCAGUGUGUUCGACGAGCCAGAUUUGUGUGAACCAGGCGAAUGACAAUGGGACCGUGAGCCGUCAGUGCGGAGCCGCUUGUGCCGCUGGAGUGGCGGACACCACGUGCGCCUCCUGCCCGACGUCGCUGUGCAACACGGGACUCUUCCCCGCCAAUCGGCAGCAGUGCUACAGCUGCACGGGAGCCGAGUGCAACACGGUGGCCCAGUCGAUGAUCGUGGGAUGCAGCGCAACGGAUGCCAAGUGCUUCGUCACCGGAUCGGCUGCGAACAACAUGACCCGUGGAUGCACCUCGGCUACCGAUGGAAUCACCUGUGCGGCCGAUAGCACCGAUCCCAGUUGCUCCAUCUGCGACUCCAGCCUGUGCAAUGCUUUGGCUUACGAAAGGGAUGCCGGGUCCUGUAUCGUCUGCGACGAGUGUCCGGCGCAACAAGAUGCUGCUACUGCGGCCAAAACCUGUGGCCAGGCUCUCUACAAUCAAACGAUUGGCUGCUACUCGUCCAUCUCGGGAACAACGGUCAAGCGAGGCUGCCUGAAGGACUACGUGGGCGAUUGCACGGCAGCCAAUUCGUGCACAUCCUGCUCGGAAACCAACUGCAAUGUGGCUGCCGAGGACUUUAAGUGCAUUGCGUGCAUCUCAAACGAGGUCGCCGACUGCUGGGAAGCCAAAACCCCGAACGAUUUGCCCUUGGUUAGCUGCCCUGCCGGAAUCUGCUUCAGUGGAGUGUGGAAUGGCCUUGGGGUGCGAGACUGUUUUACCGCUGCCAGUACCUUGAUGCAGUACCAGUGCGAUAUCAAACUGGAGCCACAUCAGUGCGAAGAAUGCAAGGAGAGCAGGUGCAACAGCAAGGCGUUCAAUGGGGCCGCCUCCCUCAGUCGAAUGGGCGUGGUCGGUCUGCUAAUGGCCCUAGUGAUCGCCCUUCGCACUGCCCUGUAAUCGCGGAUCCUUCAAGAUAGUAGCCUAAUCUAUCCCAGUUAUCAGGUGGCUAGGUUCCCUAUAUAGCUUAGCAAAGCCGGGAAACAGACAAGGAAAAACGUAAAAUAGUUACAAAAACUGAACAUAAUUAGUUAUACUUUUAUUAACGAAAAUGAAAAAAUCUGUAAAUAUA